UCACCUUUAUAUAUUGUAGUUAAAAUGGUGUUUCGUUAUCAGCGUCAUCCCUGGCCUGCUCCCUCUUGUCACCGUUGAUUUACUCUUUCACUUUCAUUCACUUGCUUCGCCGGGCAACAACAUGACUGACUUGCUGGAAAACAAGAAUGUACUUACGAAUCAUGCUUACCAAUUAUACUAUGCUCGGAAAAGGCUGGUUCGCAGCCAGAGCCCAUCAACAUCGUCCUCCUUAGCUACCGAUCAGGCCGACGAGGUUUUCUAUCCAAAACUAUCUAUCUCCCCUUCUUCAUACCCAUCACGGUCCGAUCCACACCUCUCUAAGUCUAAGCCCUCGUCUCCACGAUCAUCGCUCACGGAUCCGGCUGUCGAUUGCCGCAGCAAUGAGCCAGAGGCCUGCACGCUGGGUCCAUGUGACCUGACUCUCUUAGCUCGUUGGUGUGCUUCAACACACCGGUCUCUGAGUCUCGAUGGGAGAAAUGGGUCAAUCUGGAGAAGUCGAAUUGUGCGGGAGGGCAUGAGCUACCCACCACUACUGAAUAGCAUCCUGGCUCUGUCGGCUUUAGACAUGCUCUACAACUGUGGGAGGGAUAGCGUACAGAUGCCUCAACACAAACAACAACAUCUGCGGCGUUUAGUCAUCCUCCAUUGGGAUCGAGCAAGCGCCGGGCUGGACAAUCAGAUCAACCCAGCAAGGUCGGGGUUGCCGCGCAACGACUCCAUUUCGUUAUUUGCCCUGUGCAAUAUCCUGAUAGUUCUUGCCUUUGGUCACAUACGGUGGAGCUCCUGCUCCCCUCCCCCCUCCUCCUCCUCCUCCUCCUGCAGAUCCGCGAUCGUAGAUUUCUGUUAUACUGUGCGCCAAGUGCGUGGGUCGCCAGAAAUCCUGGUCCAACUGAUUGAUGACGUUGCGCAAGGCGAGUUGGCUUCUCUAGUCCGCCCCGAGGAGGCUAGCCAUCGCAUGAUGCCAAACACCUUCACCCUGGCAAUCCAUGCCCUGCGCAACAAGGCCCAGGUCAAUAAAGCCGAUCCAGAGGCAAGACUGGAUCCCAGUACCAGCCUUAUCUACAGUCAAGCCAUCGAUCGCCUGAGCUCAUGCUUGCAGUAUCUCACUUGGAGCAGCCGUCCGGGGCUGCUCGGGCUCUCCUGGCUGCUGGAGAUCCCGGCAGGAUUCGUCGAUCUAGCUUUAGACCAGCAGCCCAUUGCACUGACCAUCCUCGCCCACUACUGUGUGGUCUUGUACCACUUGCGGUCGCAAUGGUGGAUGGGCAACUUAGGCAUCCAGAUUCUGAAGGAGAUCAGCCAGCUCCUGGGCCGUGAUGAUCGCUUGGGGGACAUUCAAUGGGCCAUCGAUGCAAUAGCCGGUGAUUGUGAUGCAAAUGCUGGCUGAUGGGGGCGAAAGCCCAAGAUCAUUCUUAGACGAUUACAAGAGUUGGAAUAUCGGUUUAGUGCCUUUUAUCCUACUUUUAUUAUUCUCUAUUAUUCUCGGCGCUGGCCGUGUGAAUGUAUGGAUAUAUACAUAUAGGGGA